AUGGCCCAAAAUACUCCAAAACGGCUCAAGACGGCCAUCCCGUCGGCUUGCGUGAACUAUCUCAGCACGCCACCACCAUCGGUGCGUAUCACCGGUUCUCCACCCCAUCCAGGUGUCAUCGGUACGCCGACUUCCGAUGCGCAAACGCCCGGUGGUCAACAACACCCAUCGCAGGCGUGGAGCAACAGUUGGCUUAGUGACGCCACAACUCCCACCUCGAGCUGCAGUUCACCCGAUGGACACCACAACCGGAGUUUUGGUGGCCACAAUUCCUCCGGUACGCCACAUAACUGGAGCUCCACUUCCGGUGGCGGUGGGUCGGCAGAAAAGGCAGAAAAUAAGCGCGGCCGACCCCGAUCGGAAGCGCUCACGACGCUCAUGGUCGAGGGUUCGAUUUCGCCUUCGUCGAUUAAAUGCCACUACUGCAACCGGGUCUUUCCGAGGGAAAAAUCACUGCAGGCGCAUCUCCGCACACACACAGGUGAACGUCCUUACCAUUGUGACUAUCCCGGGUGUACCCGUGCCUUCACGCAGAGUGGCCAGUUGAAGACACACCAACGGCUACAUACGGGCGAACGGCCUUUCAUCUGCUCGGCUACCAACUGCCAGAUGCGGUUCACGCAUGCGAAUCGCCACUGUCCGGAUCAUCCGAACGAUACGCUCAAACGGUGCGAUGACUUCGUUAUCCAAACCGUCCCGGAGCAGAACAGUGAGGUCCUGAAGUGGCUAGAGAAGUAUCGAGCCGAGCGUGAGGAUCGAACGCCAACUCGCAAGACACCGAAAAGAAUUGGUAGUAGUUCCGGUGGAAGCAAUGGCACUCGAGGAAUCGAUGACGAUGGGGUGGAUAACGCGCAAAACGAGGUUGAAAACCAACGAUCGAGUUCGCUACCGAAGGCAAACAUCGAGAACCACUUGCCGGUGGGCAUUAACGGUAGUAAUGGGGCUGUUGGUGGAGCUGCAUACGGCGGAGUAAACAAUGAGCAAUUACAAUCGUUGCCACUGACACCGUACAAAUCGAGCCGCAAGGGGCUUAUGGACAUGAACGCCGGUUCCGGAAGCCCAGUGUUGAUGGCGAAAGCGAAGAACUCCCGGCCGAAACUGAUCCAGUGGCAGGAACCAACCAACCAAGAUGAAUCCGGGGACGAGUGCUGCGCACCAUCGACCCUGUCCACGUACAACCCGAAGAAGAAGUGGUUGCAGGACGCUUGUCAGGAUGAACUCGCGAAACCACUCGAACCGAAUCUGAUCUCGCAGAAGGUGUUCUCGUCCACAACGUCGACGAUGGCCCUUAAGCAGCAGUUGCACCAGGAAGGUGGCUACAUUAGAUCACCAGUGAAAAGGCAACUGCUCAGUGCGAUGGGCCACACAAAACCAUUGCCACGUAUAGAGGGCUUCGGUGGUGCCAGUUUGCCCGUCCCAGUACUAUCUCCCAUCGUUACAGCGCCUCCGAUCGAUCCAAAUCAAACUCGCCCAACGGUACUGAUGGUGGCCAGCAAGGACUGUGCUCGGCCCCUGUUCGAGCAACAUGCACCAGCGCUGGUAGCAAAUGGUGGUGGCCCCCCGAGCACAAUAACCUCAAAUUCCUCGCCAAAACCGGAGGAGAACAAUCGCAUGCUUCAGGGUGCACUUGCGCUGAUGCAGCUUGCCACAAAGAACGCCCUGCUCGGUGGUUCCUUCGCUAAUCAGGGCGAUCUGGGAGAGAACGAACCUAGCCCGUACCUGGAAGGAUUGACGGUUCCACCGGCAAGCCUGGUUCCUUCGGAUCUACUAAACACUGCUAUCGACACGAACGGGCACGCUUCGCACCAAGAGAGCUACGCUGAAAGCUGCUGA